AUGGCUACCCAAGCUAGGAACUCCAUGGGUCGUUAUCUUGAUCCACAUGUGGUUGGAACUGUUUUUACUCAACAAUAUUACAGUAUUCUUAUUACGUCACCAGAGGAUUCCCAUAAGUUCUAUCAUGAUGAAAGUAUUCUUGGUCGACCAGGUCUUGAUGGUGGAAUGACAUCUAUAACCACUACACGUGGUAUCAAGGAAUACUUUUUAUCUACAGAACUCAAGGGAUGUUCGGCAGAGUUAGAGAAUAUGGAUGCUCAGCUAUCGCAUGGGGAUGGUGUGUUUGUUGUGUUGACUGGAUCUUUUACUACGCCUAAUACGGCGAAGCGUAGAUUUACUCAGUCAUUUUUCCUGGCUCCACAAGAAAGCGGAGGCUAUUUUGUUUUGAAUGACGUGCUUAGAUAUAUUCGAGCUGAGCCAGAAAUACCUUCUGUCAAGGAGAGAAUGGGCGCUCAACAAAGGUUUCACCAGGGUGACAAUAAGAAUAAUACCGUACAAAUUGGCAGUGGCGACAAGGCGCCUGGUGAAAUGGGAGACGAGCAAUUAUGUGUCAUAUGCUUAAAGAACAGAAGGAAUGCAGCCUUUGUUCCUUGUGGUCAUCUCGUCUGCUGCUGCAACUGCGCAAAAAGAGUUGAACUCAAGGAUGGACCAUCGUGCCCUAUGUGUAGGCAAGACAUCCAAUACGUGCUUAGGGUCUAUGAGUCUUGA